CGGUAAGUGUCCGAGCUUAGCAGACAGCUGCACACUAUAAACGAAGAACGACGAAAUUUCUAGCGCUUUUAAUCACUUUUGAUUUCUUAAACCGGAUCUGUCAUAGGAAGUGCAUUAUUUAACCAACUGUAGCCUUACACUAAUGGACAAUAAGGAAACUGAUGCAGUUGAUGAUGGAGCCUCAGAGGGAGAGAGCUGCUCUGCAUCAUGCAUGGGUGCUACCGGAGGCUCAGACUCGCGGGUGGACUUCCAGCUGUCUGAAGCCGUGCGCUUAAAAACGGAGGGUAAUGCAUUUUACCGGGAAAAGAAUAUCCGCAGUGCCAUAGGACGUUAUCACCGUGCCUUGCUUGUGCUUCGUGGUCUGGACUCAGAAGUGACGUCUAGUCUUAAGGCCUUUAGACCCCAGUCUCCCACCCUCACACCAGAGCAAGAGGAAUUGUUCAGGAGCACACAGAUUGACUGCUAUAACAACCUAGCAGCAUGCUUACUGCAGCGUGAAGUUGUGGACUAUGCCCGUGUGCAGGAGUACAGUUUAAAGGUACUGAAGUGGAGGGCUGGAGAUAUUAAAGCCUUGUACAGAGCUGGAGUAGCCACCCUGGAGCUGGGAGAUGCUCAAACUGCUCGACAAUACCUCCUCCAGGCCAGCAGAGGGAAACCAAAUGAUGCCAAUGUGAAGAAACAGCUCCAGCGAGUGGAAGAGAGGCUCAGUAAAGACUAUGAAAAGGAGAAAGCUCUCUACAAAGGCAUGUUCAGUAAACAGAAACAGGCAGAUGAAGAGGAAACUGCAGAGGAAAAUCCAAGCCAAGCGUGAGAAGCUCUGAAGAUUUGCACUAGCUGAAAAGAUGCAGAACGAAACUGAAAAGAGGAUGGCUUACCAAAAUGUGGGAUACAUGUUGCCCAGGGCAUGGAAUAUGCAACCCCAGUAAGGGUUUUAAUGAGAGUACUGAUAUCUUGCCAAGACUGUAUUAGAAUAUGGCCAGAGUGUUAUGACUGGGCAGUGAAAAUUAAAAGCCUUAUAAGUCCAUUAACUGUGGCUCAAUCAGAUAACAGUUAACUGCGGUUCGGGUUUCAGUUUCCUCUGUUUAAAUGUUUAUACGAUCACAUGAAAGCUUGUCAUCGUUCAGCACUGUUAUAUAAUACAUUUCUUUUGAUUUUCCUUUUUAAUUUAAACUUCAUCUUGGAAUAAUAUUGGGAUCUAAAUAAAUCUCAGCAAGGCUGCAGAUGGCAAGGUUCCAAUUGUUGUGCCAUGGUGAGUCAUUUCAUUAAGCAUACGCUGUAUAAUAGUCUUAGCACUCACAGCAAGAAGGUCCUGGGUUCGAAUCCCGUGUUGAAACAGGCAGGGGCGUUUCUGUGUGGAGUUCUUCCUGUGCCUGCGUGGGUUUACUCCAGUUUCCUCCCACAGUCCAAAAACGUACAUUAGGUUGAUUGGUAAUUCUAAAUUGCCCAUAGGAGUGAGUGUGAGUGUGUGUGGCUGGCUGUCUGUCUAUAUAUGUGGCCCUGCGACGGACUGGCGACCUGUCCAGGGUGUACCCCUGCCUUUCAUCCAGUGUGCACU